CUGAAACAUCCAGUCCGCAUCCACGAGAGCUGUGCCCGCGGAGCCGCGCAAAAGGGGCGGAAAACAGAGAAGAGCAGCUCCAGAGUGACCAUGGUGCGCUUUUAGAGGAACUCUGACAUCUCUUUUAACCAAACACCUCAAACUUUCUCUCCGACCUCCUCUUCGCCCAAAAGCCUCCGCGCACCGGUGUGAUGCCCGCGGGGAUGUUCAGCAUCGACAGCAUCCUGUCCGGCCGUCCGAGCUGCAAGGAACCACUGCUUUUGCACCGAAGCGGCCCGGUGGUUCUGUCUGCCGGCCUCACGGACUCUAUCUACACAGACUACAACGGACUCUACUCGGCCACGUGCGGGCCCUCUCCUCCUGGGAUCCAGUCUGUGAACGGGACCAGAAUUGGAUAUAACGGCUACUACUACGGACAGCUGCACGUCCAGGGCCCCGGAGGAGGUCCGCCGUGCUGCGGCUCUGUGCCUGGCCUCAGCCCGCAGCAGUGCCCCUGUUUCCCGGCAGGUAGGAACAGUGAAGUCCUUGUCUGUCCCAAAGAUUUAAACUUUACAUGUAAGAGCGGAACCAAAACCUCUCUCCACAAAUCAACACGGAAUCCUGUCCGCGUAAUUAGUUCCAAUACAAGAAAUUUCCCUAUAGAUUUUAAAUCCAGUCUGGGCUGAAUUUCGCUUCAUUUAGAAAGUCCUGCCUCAUUUAAAGACAUCAUAGAUAGAUAGAUGACAGUUAAUCUGAAAAGCCGUGCUUCAUAUUUUUUUAAAUUGUUUCCUAUUAAUUAUGUUUUUUAAAUUUUAUUUUACAGACUGAUAUGUGGAGACUUCUUAAUCUAAAGCACCAAAUGAAAAUCGCUGUUUUACACACGGAAUUGAAAUCGGAGAUUUUGGCCCACAGGUCCCCACAGGAGAACUGAAAAUAUUCAGAUGUGAUAUUUAUACUCUUGUGCAUCGGCUGAUCUCAGCACCGCUGCUCUAGGUUUAAUGUUCCUGAUUAAUGUCACUUCAAAUGUGUAAAUAGGCUAGUCUCUGUGGUUUCUCCACGUUUAAACAAUUUGUCGUUUUUACGUAUGAGCUUGGUUAUUCACAAGACACAUCAAUUCUCUGAGUGCGACGCUUUACGCAGCAGUUGUAAUCUGCAUGUAAACAGCCAGAGCCUAAAUUUCAUGUCAGCCUCGUCGUAACUCCUGAGCUGUGUUUGUAUGUCGAUCCUAACUGUGACACUCUAAUUGUUCCAACUCAUUCGUGUGUCAUGUGUCUCCCUCCCCGUGACGCAGGGUAUGAUAGCCCGGGCUCGGUGCUGCUCUCGCCGGUCCCGCAUCAGAUGAUGUCCUACAUGAACAUGGGUAGCCUGUCGCGGACCGAGCUGCAGCUGCUCAACCAGCUGCACUGCCGGAGGAAGCGGAGGCACCGCACCAUCUUCACCGACGAACAGCUGGAGGCUCUGGAGGGCCUCUUCCAGGAGACCAAAUACCCGGACGUCGGUACGCGGGAGCAGCUGGCCCGUAAGGUCCACCUCCGGGAGGAGAAGGUCGAGGUCAGAGUGGCGUUCAGUGAUUUUCCUUACCUCUCCUUUUCUUUUCAAUAGUAUUUCAUCUGCAGAGUUUGGACUUCACAGUUUGGUUUAUUGUCAAAUUUGCGGCGCUGAGAAAAUCACACAAACAGCAAAUUCAACUGGGAAGUUUCUGAAUUUACGGAUAUUUAUCCUCCAAAUUUGAUCAUCCUUUUAAACUAAUCUCAAAUUAAAGAAUACAAACUUACACAUUUCUUUAAAUUCAUCCAAAAUAGGUAGAAAACUACAAUAACUAGAAUAACAGUGUAAUAAUAAUAAUAAUAAUAAUAAUAAUAAUAAUAAUAAUAAUAAUAAUAAUAAUGAAAGUUGUAUUUUGGCGCGUGAUUAAAGACACUAUACCUCCUCAACGGGAAAAAGCGCAAAAUGAGACCGCAGCAAUCCACGAUGUUUCGAAUAAAAACAAUAAAAUGAGCUGAAAUUCGAUAAAUUCUGCAAAGAGAAAAAUAAAUAUGAACUUAUGUUGGGGAUUCUUUUAUACAUCGGGCAGAGAAGCAUUUUUUAACAGGUUGAGUUUUUCAAUAAAUUCACCAAAACGAUGCGAGGGUAAAAAAAAAAAAACAACAAACAAAAAAAAAAAAAAAAAAAAACAGGCCUCUGACUUAAAGACUGUGGUUAAAACAUUGAAAUGAAAAUAUGAGUUAGACACUGAGGGCGUGUGCUCCCGGGUUUAAAACUGUUCUCUUCUGUCACGUAGGUUUGGUUCAAAAACAGACGCGCGAAGUGGAGGAGGCAGAAGCGCUCUUCUUCGGAGGAGUCCGAGAACUCGCAGAAAUGGAACAAAGUCGCCAAACCAUCCGUGGAGAAAAGCAACCCGAGCAAAAGCGACGUCGACUCGGACAGCUGAUAAACACAGGUCACAUGGCUUGGUGUGUACAUAGAGUAGAGUGGACUCCCGACAUGCUGGUGGUGUGAAGUUGCACAGUUGUACAUAUCUACAUUUUAUUCUCAGUCUGCAGUGUGUGCGCUAUUUAUAUUUUAUUUAACUCUGUGAAGUGACGCGGGCCGGCGGCUCCGACCAUCUGUCUGAAUAUAUCCUGAUGUUUCUGUGACACUUUGAUGGAUAUUCAAUGUUGUAAUUCUGCCUGUUUUUCUCGGUGUAACUUGGUUAAGUCUGUCGCUCUGCGGCAGCAGGUACAAACCUGGAGAGGCUGCGCGCGACCUUUGUGACAUUUAUUGGCAAAAAAGGCAAACCUACCUAAAGUGAGAAAUUAUAUACAUUAAAAUAUAAAUCAAACAUCUCCUA